CAAUGCCGGGCUGUGGCGGGGGUAAAACUGCGGCGCUCCCUCGGCUGCGAGGAACCAUGUGGUUUGUUUUUUUUCUCCUAUUUCCCCCCCUUGUCGAAUGGUCCCAGCGUGGGUCACGUGCAGCCGUUCCAAGAUGGCGGCGGCGGGGUCCGGGUCCGGCUGGGGGCCGGAGGCGGACGAGUUCGAGGACGCUCCCGAUGUGGAGCCGCUGGAGCCGACGUUGAGCAACAUCAUCGAGCAGCGGAGUCUCAAGUGGAUCUUCGUGGGGGGGAAGGGGGGCGUGGGCAAGACCACCUGCAGUUGCAGUCUGGCUGUGCAGCUGUCCAAAGUGCGGGAGAGCGUCCUCAUCAUCUCCACUGACCCAGCCCACAACAUCUCCGAUGCCUUUGACCAGAAGUUCUCCAAGGUGCCCACCAAGGUCAAGGGCUACGAUAACCUCUUUGCCAUGGAGAUUGACCCCAGCCUGGGGGUGGCAGAGCUCCCAGACGAGUUCUUCGAGGAGGACAACAUGCUGAGCAUGGGCAAGAAAAUGAUGCAGGAGGCCAUGAGCGCCUUCCCGGGUAUCGAUGAGGCCAUGAGCUAUGCAGAGGUGAUGAGGCUGGUGAAGGGGAUGAAUUUCUCCGUAGUGGUGUUCGACACGGCGCCCACGGGGCACACACUGCGGCUACUCAACUUCCCCACCAUUGUGGAGCGGGGACUGGGCCGCCUCAUGCAGAUCAAGAACCAGAUUAGCCCUUUCAUCUCCCAGGUCAGGAGGACCAAGAUGUGUAACAUGCUGGGACUGGGUGACAUGAAUGCGGACCAGCUGGCCUCUAAGCUGGAGGAGACUCUGCCUGUCAUCCGGUCUGUGAGUGAGCAGUUCAAGGACCCAGAGCAGACGACUUUCAUCUGCGUGUGCAUCGCGGAGUUCCUCUCGCUCUAUGAGACAGAGCGACUCAUCCAGGAGCUGGCCAAGUGCCGCAUCGACACCCACAACAUCGUUGUCAACCAGCUCGUCUUCCCUGCACCUGACAAGCCCUGCAAGAUGUGUGAGGCGCGCCACAAGAUCCAGUCCAAGUACCUUGACCAGAUGGAGGACUUGUAUGAGGAUUUCCACAUUGUGAAGCUGCCGCUGCUGCCGCAUGAGGUACGAGGGGCCGACAAGGUCAACACCUUCUCCACUCUGCUGCUUGAGCCCUACAAGCCCCCCAGCACCAAGUGAGCCUGGACCCCACCCCCUCCUCCCCUGCUGGCCCUGGGGGCAGGUCCCCCCCCCCACCCCAGCACAGGGGGGAGGGACCUAGCUGUGGCCCCACCCCCUUCUGUGGGGGGGUCAGGGCCCCCUUGGGCACCUCCCACCCCUGGAGCCACAGCAGGAGAAAACUGUACAUAAUAAUAAAGCUGACAAGGAAGACAA